UCCACGAGCAGGUGGAACGGCGCGAGCGAAACUAACCGGUGAAAUAACUGAUGGUUGGCGAGCGCGAAAAACCAUUUAGCAGUUUACCACUGGGACUUUAUUACUUCAAAGUGAACUUCUGACUCGCAACACGUACUAACUGUAUAAAAACGGCACAAUUAAAGCUGCAACCAUACGGAACCGUGUGUGUCUAAUCACCACUCGACACAUGCAGCCUGACGUGUCCAGAUUUUUUUCACCUCUUAGAGUUCUGCUCCACUAAAUGGCCAUAGCCUAUUUGAAGACGACGAACAGCGCGAUUUUAAAAUGACAAUUGUAUCUCAGAAUUCACCGGUUGCACGCUCAAGGAAAGUCUCCAUUGCAAGGACGCGCUGGGGUCGUUGGUGAGAUAUUUUUUCCAAAUGUGACGCGCCAUAUUGGUGUCUGAAAUAUGCUGCAGAGUUCUGAUAGCUGACGAAGUUUCUGCGUGUUCUAGAGAAGAAGGAAUGGGUGAGCGUUUGUGGCCCGUUUCUCAACCCUAUCCCGUGGGGUUGCGAAGCAGUGCGUCCUGACAAGACAGACAGUGCAGACAACUUUUCCACUAUGGAUUCACAAAUACUCACAAACGCCGCAGGAGUAACGCCGUAUAUUGGACUGUUUUCUUCCCUUUGCAUAUCCUCUUACACCAAAUCAUUAGCUGGGGGAAGGUAGCUACUCAAACCACUACCAAGGAUACUUUUAAAGUAAUAUCUCCAUUCAAUUUGGCCGAUUCCCCCCUUUUUGGACUGACUAAAUCCCGUUGGCUCAUAUGGGAAUGAAACACUCUUCCCGUUGUCUACUCCUUCGGAGAAAAAUGGCGGAGUCCGACAACACAGAGCAGCAGCCUCUGAGCGCAGCCCCAUCGCAGUGUCAGCCGUCACCGCUGCCCAAGCCCGUCACGUCCAUCCAGUCUGUCCAUCACUUGCCCCGGCCCGCCCACACCCCGCACUCCACCACCCUUCCCAGCUGCCCCGGCCGUGGCAAGAUGUCCAAAUUCCUGGACCCGGAGGAUAUGACAUCGCGAGAUUACUACUUUGAUUCCUACGCUCACUUUGGAAUACAUGAGGAGAUGUUGAAGGAUGAGGUGCGGACUCUGACCUACAGGAACUCCAUGUACCACAACAAACACGUCUUCAAGGACAAGAUUGUGCUGGACGUGGGCAGCGGAACUGGCAUCCUGUCCAUGUUUGCUGCCAAAGCUGGUGCCAAGCACGUGUACGGGAUCGAAUGCUCCAGUAUAUCAGAAUAUUCAGAGAAGAUCAUCAAAGCCAACCAUCUGGACAGUGUGAUCACUAUAUUCAAGGGGAAAGUGGAGGAGGCGGAGUUACCUGUGGAGCAGGUGGACAUCAUCAUCUCCGAGUGGAUGGGCUACUGCCUCUUCUAUGAGUCCAUGCUCAACACCGUCAUCUACGCCAGGGACAAGUGGCUGAAACCUGAUGGUCUGAUGUUUCCGGACAGAGCAGCACUGUACGUGGUCGCCAUUGAAGACCGGCAGUACAAAGACUUCAAAAUCCACUGGUGGGAGAACGUGUACGGGUUUGACAUGACGUGCAUCAGGAACGUGGCCAUAAAGGAACCUUUGGUGGACAUCGUGGACCCCAAGCAAGUGGUCACCAACUCCUGCCUUGUCAAGGAAGUGGACAUCUACACAGUGAAGCCAGAGGACCUGUCCUUCGCCUCCGCCUUCUGCCUGCAGGUCCAGCGCAACGACUACGUCCAUGCGCUCGUCACCUACUUCAACAUCGAGUUCACCAAGUGUCACAAGAAAACAGGCUUUUCUACAGCACCCGAUGCUCCGUACACACACUGGAAGCAGACAGUGUUUUACCUGGAGGAGUAUCUCACCGUGAAGAGAGGGGAGGAGAUCAAAGGCACCAUCGCCAUGAAGCCCAAUGACAAAAAUGUGCGCGAUCUGGACUUUUCCUUUGAACUGGAUUUCAAGGGCCAGUUGAGUGAGGCAGCUAUCGCUCAUGAUUACAAGAUGCGCUAAGCACGCCUGUCCAGCAGGGGGCACCAGAGCGCUGUGCAGCCACUCUUCCCCAGGGCCAAAGGCCACCCGUCCUGGUAACAGGCACCCCAGAAGAAGACAGCAGAGCGGCUGACAAGGCCAGCGGUGGAUGUCGAUGAGCAACAACAACAACACCAACAACAACAACAACGAUGAGACAGGACUGGUUGGGAUGUACAGAGCCAGCGCUCCACUGCUUCAGCCUGCUAUCUACACACACACACACACACACACACACACACACACACACACACACAACGUCCCUUUUUCCUGUGGAACACUUUGAAUGUAACGCUUCACUUAUGUCCGAAUGUCACCGUCUCUAUGAAUGAUUUCCGUUUUAGUAAGUGUGUGUGAGUGUAAGAGUUUUAGUAAGUGUCCGCGGGUGGUAGGAGCUCGGGAAUGGUCCUCCAGAGAGACCAAAUGGAGGCUAUUGUCUUCGGCCUACAUACAAAGAAGAACCAAUGUAAAAAC